AUGCCGACAUACAGCUUAGCCGAAGUGAAGGAGCACAACAAACCAGACGAUGUCUGGCUGGUCAUCCACAACAAAGUGUACGAUGUGACGAAAUAUCUAGAGGAACACCCCGGUGGCAGCGCCAUCUUGCAAGAAGUGGCUGGCCGCGAUUCUACUCAGGAAUUCGAGGAUGUUGGACACUCUGACGAAGCCAACGAGUGGUUAGAGGGGCUGUACAUUGGUGACCUUCCAGAUGAGGAAUUGGCUGAAGAAGUCGAAAUAUACCGCCCGAAGUUCGAGCAGGUCUCCCAAGAUACCGAGAUCGUCACAAGACGUUCAGGCAGCAUACUGGUCAAAAUUGGCAAAUCGGGGCUAGUAGGCGCUCUCAGUUUGGCGACUUGGGCUAUUCUUCAGAGGAAAACACCGCACAUCAACUGGGAAUCCGUUUUGCGACCACUGCGGUCAUCACCACUGCAGACGAACGGGACUUUGUGGUGGGGUAUCGCUAUUGCAACAGCUAUCGAAGCAUCAGCAUCGCUUGGAAUAGCUGCGUUUAUUUGGUCUAAAAUGGAUUUGCACAGCGGGUUAGCUCGUCAUAAGCCUCGACGAGUGGCCCGGCCCGACAGAUACGUCGUGGUCAGGCGUGACCAAAGAACACCAACCUCAGCUCUGUCAUCAGUGGCAAGAUCAAAUGUUUUGGACUCGAAGCAAUACCGACCAUUCAAGCUCGUGCGAAAGUCACUCGUUGCUCCUGGCGUAUAUCGCUUUAUUUUCGCCCUGCCAUAUCCGAAUUCAAUUCUUGGCCUUCCAACCGGACAGCACAUUGCGCUUCAAGCUGUCAUUGAUGGCAAGACAGUGUCGAGAUCUUACACACCGAUCUCAAACAACAGUGACCUUGGACGGAUUGAGUUGAUAGUCAAGGUGUACCCGCAGGGCCUCAUGACCCAACAUUUGGCAACCAUGAGGGUAGGGGAGACUAUUGACAUCAGAGGCCCCAAGGGAUCAAUGCAAUAUGGGCCUGGAUAUGCUAAGAGAAUUGGUAUGAUAGCGGGUGGGUCUGGCAUAACUCCAAUGUUUCAAUUGAUCCGCGCCAUCUGCGCAGACGAAUCAGAUGAUACCCAGAUCAGCCUUAUCUACGCCAACAACACCGAGGAAGAUAUUCUGCUACGGGAAGAGCUUGAUGGAUUUGCGAUUCAGUGCCCGAAGAAGUUCAGUGUCGAAUACGUGCUUGCCAAGGCGCCCGUUGGCUGGACUGGUGAGUCUGGCUUUGUCACCAAAGAUAUGGCUGCCAAGUACCUGCCCAGGGCUGAAAGCGAUGCCAAGGUGCUCUUGUGCGGACCACCGCCGAUGAUCGAGGCGACGAAGAAGAACAUCAUUGCGCUGGGUUUCCAAGCCCCUGGUGCAGUGUCAAAGGCAGGUGAUCAGGUUUUCUUGUUCUGA